AUGUACAGUGCUGCUGUUACCAUCUUGGAUGUCCAUCAAUGGCCCUUGGUGCUGGAGCUGCUAGAGGCUUCCAAGCGUCACGGGGUGCUGGAUGUCGAGGUGGUUAACAAUGCAAUGGCUGCCCUGAAAGAUGCCGGCUUUCCGGAGUUGUCGGCCUCGCUUUUCCAUUCAGUCGAUGGGCUCCAAGUCGAUUUAAAUGCGUGCUCGUUCAACACAGCCAUCCACAGCUGCAGCCUCGCCGGGAACUGGCUUGAGGCCAUUCAGCUCUUGAAGGCUAUGUGGACUGAAUUGACGAUGCCAGAUAUCAUCAGUUACAAUACCGUGAUCUGGGCUUGCUCCACUGUUGGAGGUUGGAGAGUGGCCAUGGAUUUGUUGCAUGAGGUGUGGCUGGAAGGUUUGCCGGCCUCCAUGUAUACCUUCACUGGAGCCAUCUUAGCCUGUGCCAAAGCCGGCCAAUGGCCCAGAGCCUUACAGCUCUUGUCAGAUGCACGUACUGAGCUGCUCCUGCCAGAUGUGCCGUCGCAUGCGGCAGCUAUCCAUGCUUGCAGUCAAGCUGCACAAUGGCAACAGAGCUUGCUGCUGUUGAAAGACAUGGCCGGGCACAAGACUUGGCCGGAUGCUGUAACCUUCAAUUCUGUGAUCAUUUCCUGCGCCCGUGGCUUGCAGUGGAGAUGGUCCUUGAGACUGGUCUCCGACAUGGUCUUGGACCAAGUGCCUCCAGAUGUGGUCACAUACAGGGCCAUGGUGGAUGCCUACCAGCGUUCUUGGAAGUGGAAAGAAGCACUGCAAGCAGUUAUGCAGCUGGAGUACUUUACUGGAAGCAUAGACAUUGAGGGCCGCACAGCUGCCAUGAAUGCAAUGGGCACCUGCAGGCAGUGGCGUUGGGCUAUCCAUUUGCUGAGGGAGAUGGGGCCGGAAGCGGACGUGGUGGCCUGGAACCAAUGUAUCAAUGCUUGCGCCAAGGGCCGCUCUUGGAAGCAGGCUCUUCAACUGCUUUUUGAUGAACUGCAACAACCCAGCCUUCGUGGCACGUUGGAGGGUUUCAACGCAGCCUUGGGCGCCUGUGCAGCACCCCAGGCCAUGGCCUGGCAGGCUGCCAUGUGGCUUCUUGAGGAGAUGGCGAUGCAUCGAGUGACGCCAGAUGUGAAGAGCAUCACUGGUGCUGUUCGUAGCUGCAGCGGUGCUCAGUGGCAGCAGGUCUUGAACCUCUCGGAGAAAGCGGAGAAGGAUGCCAUCCUCCAGAUACAUGUUCUUUCUCAGGUUCACAACCACAAUUGGCCUUUAGCGCUUCAUCUUCUCCAAGGCAGCGACGCAGAGCUUGGGGGCAGUGCAGCUGGCUGUUCCCGAGCUGUGGCCAUCGCGGAAGAGGCGAACGCUGGUAUCGAGGGCGUGCGGUGGCUUGAGCGAGCCCAAGGUUGUUUGAGUUGCACUGCUUCUGAUGCUUUGCACUCUGGGGAAGUUGUUGUUGCUACGGAGUUAUUGCUAGAACAUGGCCGGCUGUGCGACCAGCAACUACGAACUUUAGGCAGACGAGUUGUUCAGCCCGUGUUAUGGCGAAUGCUUGCCAUACAGGCGCCGCCUGCCACAGAGCACCAUCGCAUUUUUGAAAGGAACCCGGGUCUGCCUGGGAUUCGAGGGCGCAAAGACGCAGCACGCUGGAAGAUGAGGUAUCUCCAGGAGCUGCGAUCUCCCAGCCGCUCCGGCGCCGAGCUCUCCGACCUGGCACCUUUGCUGCAUCUGAGUUUGGGCUCGAUUGGCACCCGGCUAAGCCUUCUUCAGGUUGGCUCAACAGCCUCUGGUGCCUGGGAUUUGUUCUCCAGACAAGCGGGCAGAGGAGCUCUAAUGUGGCAUGCGCUCCGUGAAGAGGUGAGCCCAGUGGCUGGGUUGCCAUCACACCUUUUUCUCUCUUUGCCGAACCAUUCCAGAAAGCAGCUGGUGGGCCGCGGCGCCCUGCAAAGCCAGGAGCUACCCGCAACUGCCUAUCGCUUUUCUGAGCACUCCGAGCGCCAAGCCUUGCUAUUGGUGCUAAAAGCACUAAAAGAUGCAGCUCGAAUACGCCCUCUUGAAGCACAAGCGAGUUGGGACUCUGAGGAUGACCUGGAUGACCUCGAGUCAGAUUGGCACUUUCCCUUCCCUGAACCUGAGCGCUAUGUCCGCUAUGUUCCGGUGCUCCAGGCGCGCCCGCCUCAAAGCCAGGCAGGGCAGCGCCGCAGCUCGACAACGCUUUGGGCAGACCUGCGGGUGGAAGCGGAGAACGCCGAGGUGGAGGCACUGGUGAAGCUCCGUGUGGCAGAGCAGGCCAUGGUGUCAGUGCAGCAUUCCGAUGGACGACAGUGGCUUCAACUGGCGCAGGAAGCUUUCCAGCAACCGGGCCCUGUCCGUUCCCGCGCUUCGGCGGCCGGUGCAGCGCUGGCGUCCCUGGAUCGCGCCGAGGGGGAAGACGUGGCGGAGGUCCGUGAGGCACUGGCUGAUGCCAGAAGAGCCCUUCGGGACGCCUUGGUCUGGCGCUGCCAGGAAGUGAGCCGCCCAAUGCGAUCAAGAGAUAGCUUCAAAAAGACAAUGGAGGAGGCCUUAGGUGGACCUUUGACGCAAGCGCAGUGGUCUGAGUACUUCAGAACACACAACGCGGUGGUGGCCAAAGUGCUACCAGAGCUCGACUUCAAGGCAAAGAGGCGGAGACGCCAAAGAGAGUGA